AAACACGUAGCAACGCCCCUCCCGCCGCAGUAGCAGGCGUUUAACGUCCGUCACCGAGAACCGAGAUCCACCGUCUAGCGAGACAGGGGGCAAUACAAGCAGUCCUUACAGAGUACUCCUUGUCUAGCUCAUAUCCCGAGUCCUGGUUAUGGAUGUAAAGGUCUUAAAACACACAAAGACUCUAUACAUCGUAGCUGGGUCUCUUCUUCUCUGUACAAGUAUCACCAUCUCGCUUCCCGGUGAAUCUCGUUUCACGGUGACGGACGUUACUAGGCGCUGUUUCGUUUCCAAGCAAACAGCACCGACAGAGCCGUCAGCGCCAAUGCAGCUCCCAUCACCAGAGACCGCCGUCCUGUCAAAGUCCCAGUUGACAGCAUCCCCAGCAACGCCACUCUCUGCAUAACAUCAUCCCGCCGUUACAUGUCGUACCCAGCAGCGGGG